UGUGCAAUGUCCAGCUCUGCGAGGUUAUAAAAGACCAGGUCUCUCAACUACCUGGCUAUUCCCUCUCUCGUCACCAAUCGAUUUCCACACAACCUCUCUCUCCUACCAGCCCAUCCCCCAAGCUAUGAAGUCUGUCAACGCUGUCCUGUCGGCCUCGGUCGCCGUCUGCCUUUGCCUCGCAGCCUCGUGCCAGGCAUACGACUUCCGCCAGCUCGUCAACAUCCCAAAGGGCACCGCCGCCUCUGACUUCUGCACCAAGUGGGGCGACGAGUGCAACACCUACAAGCGCAGCGAUUCGGGAUCCCACUACCGUAGCACCUUCUGCGAGCUUGGCGACUACCAGGGCAAGAACAAGGACACCAAGGCUCUCGUCUACUGUCUCGCUGGCCACACGAUCACGAAUGCCAUCGAGAAGCAAACGGGCGCGACAAAUGCCAACUAAAUACUGCGUUGACCUUUCGGAUCGCCGCUCCCCUCUCUAGUAGUAGUUCAUGUCAUGUCAAUGGCAUCACAUUCAUCUCUACAAGAGUACUGGACUUUUCGAUAAUUCAUUCAAUUCAUGAUGAUACA